UAACGUCUCGUACAAUUACUUCUGUAUCCUGGAGCUGUAUUACGUCGCGUAUAAGCGCUGAGAGCAGAACCAGUAUGUACCAAGGUCACACACAAACUCUCUACACGAUUCACUUGUACAAUAAUCAGAGUCGCAAUUUCCCAGUUACAUAACUCAUUUGCUCUCCGACAGCGAACCAUCGGAGACGCACAGCUACACAGUGUAACUGUAAUAACUUCACGGACAACCGACGUUCGAAUGGACUGACACUUAAUGAUACUCUAGUAAUACUGCUUACAUUAAGGGCAACAUUGGCGCCAGAGUUAGCGUGAGUUUGGUGCCGAAGUGAGGGAUAUUGAAUUAACAAGCGAUACGUGACAAUGCAGAGGGCGUGUUGAUAAAAGACGAGAACAACAUGUCGAGUGUAGUACGGCUGUUAGCUCUGCUGCUGAUGUGUUAUGGCUUGUAUGAAGUGCAAAGUGCAAAGAUAUUGGCCCUGUUAAAUUUGGCAUUACCAAGCCACUACAUUUUCAACAGGGCUCUUCUAAUAGAACUUGCUGGGAGAGGACACCAGGUCACGGUAAUUAGUCCGGACAGAGAGAAACUGCCAGUGCCUAACUUGCACUCCAUCCAGCUGGAAGGAAUCUACAACACAAUAGAAAAAAAUGUCAACUACGAAUCCUUCGCAGAAAUGUCUCUAUGGGACUUCACAUUUGCGAUGUUCGACUGGGGAACAGAUCUUUGUAAACGUGAACUGCAGACUGAAGGCGCACGAAAACUGCUAAAUUACCCCUCAACUGAACGAUUUGACCUAAUCAUUACCGAAAUCGCUUGGGGAGAAUGCUUCUUUGCAUUUAUACAUAAAUUUGGAUCUCCACCUGUCAUUGCAACCUCAGGAGUUGGAAUACCUCCUUGGAUUAGCCUCACGAUGAGAAACCCGGAAAAUCCUUCGUAUAUGCCGAAUUUCAUGCUGCCAUUUUCAAGUCACAUGACGUUCAGGGAAAGAAUGUUAAAUUUUAUCAUCCAUAACUUUGUAACACUUAUUUAUGAAUACAGGUACAUACGUGCAGAAGAAGCAAUAGCUAGGAAGUAUUUUAAAGAUUUUCCACCUUUCUGGGACAUAGAAAGGAACUUCAGCAUUGUCCUCGUCAACACCGUGCCUGGAGUAGAUGAUCCACGACCCCUCUUACCGAAUGUGAUUCCAGUUGGCGGGAUGCAUAUCAAAGACGUCCCCAGUCCUCUGCCAAAAGAUCUACAGACAUACUUGGACGAAGCAAAAGAGGGGUUUAUCUUCUUUAGCCUCGGUUCAAACCUACGGAGCGAUUCAUUGUCAUAUGAAAAGAUGCAGGCGCUGCUGGAAGCAUUCUCUGAGCUGCCACAGAGGAUUCUGUGGAAGUUCGAGUCAGAUAACCUGCCCGGACAGCCGCCGAACGUCAGAACAGGCAAAUGGCUCCCCCAGAGCGACAUACUAGCCCACCCUAACAUUCGGGUGUUCAUCUCACACUGUGGAAAGAUGAGCAGCAUUGAAGCCUCCUACAGGGGUGUCCCUGUCGUUGGAAUUCCUUUCUUUCUUGAUCAGAGAUUGAACCUUCGAGACCUCGUCAACAAAGGCGUUGGUGUAGAGCUUGACUACAAGUCGAUAACAAAGGAAAACAUUCUCGCGGCUUUGCGUGAGGUUCUAAACAACGACAGUUACAGAAUUAACAUGAAGAAACGUUCAGCGACGUUCAAAGAUCAACCCCAGACGGCCUUAGACAGAGCAGUAUUUUGGACAGAGUACGUCAUCAGGCACAACGGAGCGCCUCACCUGAGAUCUGCAGCCACCGAUCUCUACUGGCAUCAGUAUCUGCUGCUUGAUGUGUUACUAGUUCUCGCUGUCGGGACGCUGCUACUUACAAUGGCCGCGUGUUUUCUAGUCAGAACAAUCUAUAGGACCAUUAUAAAUCUCACAAAUAAAUCUAACAAGAAAACGAAAACUAACUAAUAAUACUGCUUCGUGUUAAACCAUGAAUAUUAAAUUAGGACAUAAAUUCCACUGAUGCUGCUCGCUAUGGGGGCAUUACUGGUAGGAGUAACAGUCAGAACAA